AUGGAGGAGCGCGACAAGGAGGAGGGCCCCGGCGUGCCCGACAUGACAAUGAUGCCGGAGAUCACCGAGUGCGCCAUCAACGACAACCUUAAGCGGCGCUACAUUCACGACCUUGUAUAUACGUACACGGGAUCCAUCCUGGUCGCGGUGAAUCCAUACAAGGAGCUAGGAUGUUACACAAUGGAGGACAUGCAAAACUAUAGGGGUAAAACAUUCGGGAGUAUGCCGCCGCACGUUUUCGCACUGGCCGAGUCUGCGUACAGUUCCUUACAGAACGGCGAAAAGAACCAGUCGGUGGUGAUAUCCGGAGAAAGCGGCGCUGGCAAAACGGAGACCACAAAACUCAUACUGCAGUACCUGUGUGCAGCAGGUGGACAAGCCACCUGGGCCGAGCAACAGAUUCUCGAGGCAAACACCGUACUCGAGGCUUUCGGCAACGCGAAAACGGUCCGCAACGACAACUCGUCCCGAUUCGGCAAAUUCGUCGAGGUGAGACUGGACCACCGCGGCGGCAUCCGCGGCGCCGUGUUGCGCGACUUCUUGCUGGAGCGCGCGCGCAUCACCGGCCCCGCGCCGCGCGAGACCAACUAUCACGUCUUCUACCAGCUGCUCGAGGGAGCCAAGCACAAUGCGGAGCUUCGUUCGACUCUCCGUCUGCGCGAAAAUGUUCAAUACAAAUAUCUCCGUAUGGACGACGUUGAAGCACACAAAGGGCGGGGCGGAGAACAGGGAAAGCUGGAAGCUCUGCAACUGGCUCUCACCGUACUGCAAGUGCCUCCACACAUGUGUGAGGGCCUGUUCAAAGUGCUGGCGGCUGUUCUUUGGCUAGGGAACAUACAGUUUCAGGACGUGGACGGCGAACGAACCGCUUUAUGUCCGGAGGACACAGAAGCGGUGGAAGCGGCCGCCAGUCUGCUGGGGCUGGCGCCGCCCACAGCGCGCCGCGUGCUGCUCGAGCGCCAGAUCAACGUGCGCGGCAACGUCACCGACAUACCGUUGCGUCUGCACGAGGCGCGGGAGAACCGGCACGCGAUGGCGCGCGCGCUGUACGCGCGCACGUUCGCGUGGCUCGUGCGCCACGUCAACAGCUGCUCGGCGCCCGGCCGCGACGCGCCGCGCGCGCUCGGCGUGCUCGACAUCUUCGGCUUCGAGAACUUCGCCACCAACUCGCUCGAGCAGCUCUGCAUCAACUACGCCAACGAGAAGCUGCACAUGUUCUUCAACAACUACGUGUUCGCGCUCGAACAGGAAAUUUAUCGGCAAGAAGGAAUAAUUUACAACCAAAUACAAUUUACGGAUAACGGUGCUUGCUUAGAACUGUUAGAAAAACCGCCAAGGAGCUUGCUGAAGUUGUUGAGUGAACAGUGCCACAUGCCAAAGGGCUGUGAUAGCGCUUACUUAACAAACAUACAGAGCGAAUUUGGUGAUCACCAGAGCUUUGUGAAAGGCUCCCGUAGGAAAUGGGAAGAGGAGUUCGGAGUGCAGCACUACGCUGGCACUGUCACGUAUAGCGUUCAAGGCUUUGUUGACAAGAAUAGGGAUACUCAGCAAGAUGCAUUUAUCGAUCAUCUCAGUCGAUCUGCUAAUCCGUUCGUGAGAGAGCUGGCAGAUUAUGCUCAGGAUCUAGCUCCUCCUGGAAAUGAUAUGUCACUUUCAAGUCCAGGUUCUACAAGCACUACGCAACGUGGUACGUCUAAGGGUCGUCCUACAGUCGUUGAUACGUUCCGAGCUCAACUACAGUCACUUGUUGAUAUGCUUCAAGCUACUGACGUUUGGUACGUGCGGUGCAUAAAGCCGAACGAGAGCAAGGUGGCGGGCAAGUACGACGAGCAGCUGGUGCGCGAGCAGCUGCGCUACCUGGGCAUGAACGAGAUCGUGCGCAUCCGGCGCGACGGCUUCCCCGUGCACCUGCCCGCGCCCGCCUUCCGCGCGCGCUACCGCUGCCUGCUGCCGCCGCCGCGCCCCGCGCACCCCGACGUGGCAACAAUCACAGCGUUGGUUAACGCACCUCCGAAUGACUGGCAAAUUGGACACACGAAAAUAUUUAUGCGAAGCUCGGUGCAUACUCCUCUAGAAGCUAAAAGAACAGCCCUGCUGCAUGCUUCAGCGCUUCUCAUUCAAAAAUGGUACAAGGGGUGCGUGCAGCGUCGCCAGUUCGUUGUGCAGCGCAACGCGGCGGUGGUGCUGCAGGCGGCGUGGCGCGGCUGGAAGGAGCGCGCGGCCUUCCUGCGGUUGCGGCGCGCCGCCACCACGCUGCAGCGCCACCUGCGCGGCGCCUUCGCGCGCGAGGUGGCCGCCGCGCUGCGCGAGAUGCGCCGCGUCAACCACCAGAUGCGCCUGCGCGAGGAGCGCAACAGUCUCGCGGAAAAAGUUAACCAAGAGCGAGCAGAGCUGGAAACAAUGGCCGAUCAACUACGUGGACUCUCAUGUCCUGGCGGCGGGCGGGUGGAAUCCGUGAACCUGGACAAUCUGUUCGACUUCCUGGCCGACGUGCCAGCUCAGCGCGGUGCACCCGAUGGCCAACCUGCGCACCAGCCCACCAUCGCGGAGAUAGGGGACUCUAUGGAGCGCCUUGCCGAUGACCUCCAUCAGGAGUUGGAGCACGUCCUAGCAGCGGAGAUGAACGAGCUCAGCAAAUCGCACACGGAAGCCCAGCGAAAGCCGGACGGCGCGCCUUCCGAUGACAUCCCUCCCCCUCCACCUUCCUCCCUCCCCUUGCAGUCGAUUUUGCAGCCGGCCACCCCGCUCGCCAGCAUGACGUCAUCCCUGACGAACGGCAUGACAUCGUCAUUCACUAAUGGCACGUCUCCGAUAUCAAACGGUGACGUGAUGUCGUCAUCGCUGAUAAUGCCACCUCCGCCGCCAGUGGAGCCUCAAGUGGAGGACUCCCCGGUGUUUCCCUCUCCGCCUACAACUUGCUCACUUCCAGAACCUGCUGGCCCGCCUCCACCGCCGCCCGCUGUUAAAGACACGACUCCGCCGGAGCUCACAAAUGGCAUAAUACCCAACGGGAAGCUAUCGGUUGUGAACGGAAAGGAACCGAUAUACGAAGCAGUUAUUCCCCGACCAUCGCUCACUGAACCUCCAACAACUUCACCACCGCCACCGCCAUUAUUGCUACCUGAAAGUAAUGGGUUUAUAAGUAAAGAACCAGAAUCCGAGCAAGCUGACGAACCGUUACCAGCGUUACCAAGCAACGUGGUGUCACCGGACAACACUUCCUGCUCGUCCCCUCCUCUUCCCAUGGACACAUGUAUCAGUCCACCGCCGAUGAUGAACGGCGAUUCCAAUAGUACAGAACGCAACGCACGUCGCAAGGAGCGCGUGGAGCGGCGCCUGCACCAGAUGGAGGCCGCGUCGCCGCCCGGCAGCGCGCCGCCGACCACCCCGCCCGCUGACGCCACCGACCUCGCCGAGUUCGCGAAGCUUUACUUCAAUGAUCACCCGCGCUCGCCUGAAGGAACAAUUAUGGCAACACUGACACGCAAGAGCAAAUCAAUGGAGCUGCUAACGAAAGAAGAGAUGAUCACUUAUCACAAGGGGAACAAUAUACCUACAUCACACAUCCAGCUACACGACCCCGACAGUGUCACUGCGGCUGUUAACAUUUUUCGGGACUUAUGUCGCUACAUGCGAGGGGAAUUGACGGCGGACAAAGAGACUCAAGUGAUUCAGUCAGUAAUCGGUAAAGGCCUGGAACGAGAAGAACUGAGAGAUGAAAUUCUGAUUCAAUGUGUCAGACAGAUAACGGAGUGUCCCGUGGAGGAGUGGGCGGAGCGCGUGUGGCUGAUGCUGUGCCUGUGCGCGGUGGCAUGGCAGCCGAGCCGCGGGCUGGCGCGCUACUACUGCGCCUGGCUGCGAGCGCGCGCCCGAGCCGCGCCCGCCGCGCCGCGAGCCGCGCACUGCGCGCAGUGGUGCCUCGACAACUGCCGCGGCGCCGCGCCGCGCCUGCUGCCGCCCAGCACCGUCGAGAUCGCGGCGAUGCGGCGGCUGGGCACGAUCGUGUGCCGCUUCUUCUUCCUGGACGGGCGCACGAAGGCCAUCGACGUGCACCCGGCGGACACGGCGGCGGCGGCGGCGGCGCGGCUGGCCGACAAGCUGGCGCUGGCGCCGCACUCGCGCGCCGGCUGGGCCGUGUACCAGCAGCGCGCCGGCCGCGAGGAGCACGUGCGCGCCACGCACUACCUGUACGACGUCAUCGCCGCCUGGGAGAUGCAACAAGGCCCCGGUGGCGGGUCGGCGGACAACCGGUUCGUGUUCAAGCGGCGAAUGUUCCGCGGCGGGCGCGAGCUGCCGCACGACCCCGUCGAAGUGGCGCUACUCUACGCACAAGCCGUGCAUAGCGUGGUUAAGAUGGACGAGUUCCCGGUGUCAGAAAAGGUGGCACUCCAGCUAGCCGGACUGCAAGCACAGGUGUCGCUAGGCGAGCCACCGCCGAGUCCCGCGCCGCCGCAUACACGUGCCUACUACGCGCAUCCCGAACAGUUUCUUCCGCAACGUAUCGCCCGCACGCGCUCUGCGCAUCAGUGGGCCACGAUUCUGGCGCAAGCACAUCGACAGUACGGUGCCGGCCGAGCAGAGCUGACUGCUAAGGCCCUGUACCUCUCGUGUGUGAUGCAGUACCCGCUAUAUGGAGUCACGUUGUUCCCUGUCACAUAUAAGGGAUACUGGGCGCAUGGUCCGAACGUACUCCUUGGAGUUGGAGCAGAGGGUGUCGUCCUUGUAAGGCCCGCGGACAAAGUGGUUCUGGCAGAAUAUCCGUACAGCAACAUUGCGGCUCUGUUAAUGGACCCUGUAGACAACGGACUCACCAUCAGUUUGACACAUCAUGGUCAGCACGAUGGACUGAGGUGCAUCGUCCUGGAAUCGGCGCAGAAGCAAGAGGCCGCGUGGCUGAUGGCGGCGUACAGCCCGACGCUGGCGAACGGGCUCGCGGAGGAGCCGCCGCGGCGUGCGGCGCCGGCGGGCGAGCGCGCGCGACUGGCGGCCGCGCUGCGCGCCGCGCGCCGCGCGCUCGUCGACUCCGGCCUGCUGCGCCGCCCCACCGACCUCUCAGCCGGCGGCUUCCUCAGGAACACGCUACGCAGGCUAAGCAAACACCGAUUGGAGCGCGUCCGUCUAGACACAGCGACAGAAACGCAAGGGGAGUGUUACAAGGGCUUCCCUUCAGGCUAUUGGUGCUGGGCGCGUUCACUGCCUCACAGCCUUACCAAGCUCAACGAAGCGGAGGAAGUCGCCGCCAUGCAGAUAUUCAAGGACAUAAUGAGCCAUGCGGGGCUGAACACGAGCGAGGGCAGCACAAGCAACUUGGCCAAUAACAACAGCAGUGGCUCCAGCAACAACAGUAACAACAGCCAGGAGGGUGACGGCGACGACCGCGUGGCGCUCGCGCAGGCGCUGCUGCAGCGCUGCCUGCAGAAGGACACGCUGCUCUGCGAGCUCUACAUGCAGCUCAUCAAGCAGACGACGGAGCACCCGGAUCCAUCGUCGCGCGUGUCGGCGCGGCACUGGGCGCUGCUGUGCGCGGCGGUGGGCGCGGCGCUGCCGCCCGCCAAGCCGCUGCGCCGCCUGCUGCUGGCGCACCUGCGCUACCGCGGCACCGCGCUGCACGCCGGCGAGGAGGGCAAGUUCGCGCGCCGCGCCGAGCAGGUGGCGCUGAGCAUAGCGCAGGUGGGGCGGCGCACGAGCGCGCCGUCGCGCGAGGAGCUGCUGUGCGCGGCGGCGCGCCGGCCCAUGCACGUGCGCGUGCUGCUGCUGGACGGCAAGCAGCACGGCCUCGUGUUCGGCCCGGCCGCCACCGCCGACCACCUCGUGGCCAUGCUGCGCGACAAGAUCGGCCUCAGCGACGCCGCCACCGGCUACGCGCUGUACGAGGUGUGCGCGAACUCGACGCCGGCGGGCGCGGGCGAGCGCGCGCUGGCGGGCAGCGAGCGCGUGGGCGACGUGCUCGCUCGCUGGGAGAAGGCCGGCGCCACCGCCGCCUCCUGCAGACUGGUAUUCAAGAAACGGCUUUUCCUGGGCGAGCGUCCGUUACACACGGCCUGCGUAGCCGAAAUGGAGCUUUUAUACUACCAAGUGUUGCACGCGAUACGCCACGACCGUCUUCCCAUUGAAACUGAUGAAGCUGUGAUGGUGGCGGCGCUGCACGCGCAGGUGGUGAGCGGCGAGUGCGGCGGGGCGGGCGGCGGCGGGGAGGAGUGCGCGGCGGCGGCGCGCGGCGUGGUGCCGGCGCGGCUGGGCGCGCUGCCGGCGGGCGCCGUGCGGCUGCACCACCUGGCGCUGCGCGGCACGCCGCCGCACGCCGCCAUGCAGCGCGCGCUCACGCUCGCCGCUUCCUGGCCGCUGGCGCGCGCCACCGUCUUCGACGUCACCCAAUCGUUCACGUCGAACUGGCCGCGCGCGCUGUGGCUGGCGGUGGACGCGCGCGGGCUGACUCUGCUGCGGCGCGGCGCGCGUGCGGCGCUCGUGUCGCACGACCUCGCGCAGCUGCUGGCCGUGUCGCCCGCGCCGCGCGCGCUGCUGCUCGUCACGCGCGCCGACCGCAAGCACGCCAAGCUCGUGCUCUCCACCGACCAGGCGUACCAGAUCGCGACGCUGAUCAAGGACUACAUCGAGGCGGUGCGCGGGCCGGUGUCGCCGGCGGUGGCCGAGCCGGGCGGCGCGCGCGCCUCGUGA